ACCACAAGACAGAGCUAGAGUAGAGAGUGAGAGAGAGAGAGAAAGAGAGUUUCUACCCCGAGUAACCAAAUACUCACAGCGCACAACCGCUGGACCACAGCUGUGCGAACUUCAGGGUUUUCCCGUGUCUCUGUUGCGAGAACAUGCUGAGGAAGACGAACAUUUCUCCGAUCCGCUGAAGAGUUUUGCACUGAAUUUUGAAACGCCGCGGGAAGACUAAGUGACUGUAAAUCCUCUUAUUUUGGAUCGUUUCGCUUCUCCAAGAACUGAAUCUUUCUGGAAUCAGUCAUGGGUAGUAAGACGCUCCCAGCACCUGUGCCUCUUCACCCUUCUUUGCAGCUGGCGAACUAUUCCUUCCUUCAGACCUCCAACGGGCUGCAUUUGCCUGCUGACCACAUGCCCAGCAUCUACAGUUUCAGUGCCUUGCAUGCCGUCCAUCUGCAUCAGUGGACUCUGGGUUACCCCCCAUUCACUUUGCCACGCUGCACCUUUUCCAAACUGCCUGGCCUGGUGGAUGCCCGCUUCCCUCUUCCCUCAAUCCCACUGUUCCCCCAUCUUGUCCAACCCACCAAGCAGGAAUCCUCCGGGCCUGGCUCUGGAGCAUCCAGCAAAAGCAAACCCCGUUUUGACUUUGCCAACCUGGCGGCGGCCGCCACACAGGACGACGCCCUGAAGGCAGAAGAUCUGAGCACCAACAACGGGCACGUGCGCUCACCCUCGUUAGGCUGCCUGCUGGAUGUGGCCAAGCUCUCCUCACCGGAAAGAAAACCCAGCCGUGGACGACUCCCAUCCAAGACAAAAAAGGAGUUUGUGUGCAAGUUCUGCGGCCGACACUUCACCAAGUCUUACAACCUGUUGAUCCACGAGCGCACGCACACAGAUGAGCGGCCAUACACUUGUGACAUCUGUCAUAAGGCCUUCAGGAGGCAGGACCACCUGAGAGACCACAGGUACAUCCAUUCCAAAGAGAAGCCAUUUAAAUGCCAAGAGUGCGGAAAGGGUUUCUGUCAGUCCAGAACUCUUGCCGUCCACAAAACAUUACACAUGCAGGUCAAGGAGCUCAAGCCAGCCAAGAUAAAGUGAAGGCAUUUGCUUUCAUCAGUGGGGACGCUAUAAAACCUAGUGACACAAGCCAAUAACAUUGUCAUUCCAAGGCCACAGAGACUCUUGCAAGCGCCGUGGACCUCUGUACGGCUUAACGCACCAAAGAUGGAUUAGGCCUGACCAAAGAGCUUCCUGAAAAGGCAUACUUCCAUAGCCUACAGCCAUGAUGCCUUAAAGUGUGACUGAUACAAAGGAAUGGAGAACCCGGAUAGGAAGUCACUGAGCUCAGCAGAAGCGUGGAUUUAAGACAAUCAAAUUGACUGAUUUGUUUGAGGAAAGAACAAAUAAGCAAAACCAGCACCGACACCAAAGAGAACAGCUAGAGCGAGAUCUGUGAUUUUAGUCUGCACUGCUCCAUUCCGAAUGAUUAUUUUUGUAAACAGUGAUUUUUCUAGAUAUUGUUGUUGAUGAAGGCAGAUUCUUCAGACCUAUGCAGUUACUGAGAGCCCACCAAAGCUCUCAAACCAAAGUCAAGUCGAGCAGACAUUUCUUCUCACCAAAGACACCUUCAAUCAUGUAAUUCCUCCUUUUGUACAGAUUCCUUUUUUUUUUGUAUAACUGAUAUUUGGCACUUUAAUCUGAUUAUUGUUUAUUUACAUGUAUCACUGGAUUCCUUAAACUUAUUUUUGAAAAUAAAUAGUCGUUUCUGUAUCAAA